AUGAGAGAAGUGUGGAGCCAAAAGGUGGUUCAGUUGGCAAUAGAGGCAGCAAUGGAGGAGGUAACAGUGCCAAGGGAGCAAGAGGCAGUGCCCCAGAAAGAGUCAAUGUCGGGAGAGGGAACGCCAGGCAGCUGGGUAGCACUAGCAGGCUGCUGGACGACACUAGUGGGCAACGCCCUUGGCGGGUGUGAUCUGGUUGGCGACACCGGCGACACCGGAGGUCUGAGCGGUGCCCUUCGCGCUAGAGGCAACACCUAUGACAGCCUAAGCGGUGAUGCCAGGAAUGGCAGAAGUGGAGGCGUUGCCCUCGGCGUGGACCAGGCUAGUGUGAGCGUUGACAGCACUGGUGCAGGCGACAAUGCUGGGAUGCUAGGUCCUGACGAGCGGUUGUCUGGCAUCUGCAGAGAACAACGAGCAAGCAUACUAAACAGCGAAAGCAAUGUCUUGCAUUUUGCCAAAGAGGGACCGUGCUAG